AUGUGGAGCAGCUCAUGUGUAUCCGACAAAACGACUACCAAGAACGAGGAAAACGAGCAGGAGUAUAAUGUUUUCAUUAAAGAAGAGGAUCAUAUAAAGGUGCGAUCAAAAAAUAACCAGCUAAUUUUAAAGUUUACAGUUUAAAGCGAGAAAUAUCAUUUGCAGUCGGUCAGGUCAAACCGCAUCAACAUGGCAGUGAGGCGAAAUCUGUUACCGUAUUCGAAGCAAACGCCCCAGAACCGCCAGGAACUUAUCCAAAGCAUCAGACGAGAUCGGGAAGUUCUUGGGGCCUACUUCCAACGAUUGACCUGGAAUCGAGAGCGAGACAAAUCACCCACUGCGCCGAAAGUUUCUAAUCAUCCUAUUCUUCAGAGAAACAGCUACGAUUUGUUCUUUGAGAGUGCCUGCGUCAGUGUGAAAGGAUUGCCACCCAAACUGGCGGCAGAAGCCAAGAGUCGUAUCUCCCAAAUCAUCACCGAGUUUGAAAUCCGCGCUAUCUCGGAAAUGGAAGCACAGCACAGCCGCCAAACGCAGGGGCGACCCAUAAUGGAUAGUGAAUCAGGGAUUGUCUACGAAUUCCAUCCCUGCUCGUAAAGUAGGUUUGGUGUUUACCUUUAAAGUCCCUUAACUCAUCAACACUACAUUUUUGACGCCACCUUGCUCCGGACUUUCAAAAUUCAUAAUAAAAAUUAGAGCGAUCAACAUCUACUAAAUAAAAAGGCGGUCAUUUGGUCGCGUUUCGGCCCUAAA